UAAUUACUGGAUUGAUUUCAGAGAUUUUGGCUUUGACCAUUGUUGAGCUUUCGACUAAGUUGAUGUCGAAGUUUAGGACGGUUAAAUAAUAGAGCUGAAUGGUCACAUUAGCCUCCUAUAUAAACAUCCCUUAUUGCCUUUUUUUGCUAACUAAAUAAAACCUGCAAGAUAAUUGACAGUAGUUUCCCCAACGUUAGCUCUAUGAAUGUUUAUACGUUAGAAGCUUUAAUGAUCUAGGUAAUCUUGCAACUAGUUACUUUGGUUGUUCUGCUUUAAUUCCCUUAAUCCUAUAUUAGAGGACAAAAAUUCAAUUUGAACUACUUGGUUAGCUUUUAUAUUGUCUGAUGCAAGAAGCUCAAUGUGAGGGUUUCGGGUUUUUUUAAGUAAAAAAUGAACACUAGGUGGCGAUAGUACUACAAGUCUUUGUGUUUCAACGAAGAAGAACAGCAUUUCCUGACGCCUCCUGAUACGUUUCUUGCUAAGGAGCAGACAUGUCUGGUUCUGGGGGAGGGAAGCGUCCCUCAGGAGGGGAUAGCCCCCCUGGUCCCCCUGAGAAAAAGAGCAAGAAAGAGGAGAAGACCACCACCACACUUAUUGAGCCAAUACGUAUUGCUGGAGUCUCCUCUACGGAGGAAAUGGACAUGAAGGUUAUCCAGUUUAAAAAUAAGAAGCUGUGCGAGCGCCUGGAGCAGAGGCAAGCGAUGGAGGAUGAGUUACGAGAGAAGAUUGAAAAGUUAGAGAAGAGACAAGCCACUGAUGACACCACUCUUCUGAUUGUCAAUCGCUACUGGUCACAGUUGGAAGAGAGCGUAAGGUUGCUUCGCAAACGCAUUGAGCCUGAACAGCCUGCUCCGGCUCCUCCCAUGGCACCAGUAGCUGACGCCACAGCAGUUGAUGACAGUGGUGUCAGACUAUCUUCGCCCCGCUCUGAAGGACCAGCGCCACCCGUGCCUGAAAUCCAGAGCGAAAGCGAGCAGAUGGACCAGCAGCAGGUCGAGGAGCGUCAGGAAAAAACCCAGGAAGAACAGCAGCCCCCACCGCCUGCCGGGUCAGAAGAGUUAUUGACACAGACCGAGCCAGCACCAGAAUCAAAAACAGACUCAGCACCGCCUCCCCCUCCAUUGAGUGAAAAUGCCAAGGGGUUUUUGGCUGUGCUCGAACAAAGUACAGAGGAGGAACUGGCCUUGCAUCUCCAGGACCGCAUGCAGUUCAGCAAAGACGCCAUCGCCCAGCUGGUGUGCGUCUUCGACAGACUGCACAGCCGCAUUGACAGCAUGUGCAGAGCAGCUCAGGAAGCAGCAUGUAAAGACGACAACCACCCUGACAUCAUCCAGAACCGCACAUUGCUGGAGGAGAACACGCGACUGCAUGAGCUGUCCACGCUCCUGCACGGGCGCCACCACAAGAUGUCAAUGGAGUACAAUGAGCUGGUUGACAAGGUAACAAGUGCAGAGACGAAGGUGUCUGAGAUGGAAACAACGGUGGAGGACCUCCAGUGGGAUAUCGAGAAACUUCGCAACAGGGAACAGAAGCUGAACAAACAUCUGGCUGAGGCGAUGGAGCAGCUUAAAUCUGGCUACAGCAGCUCUGGCAGCUCUGCUGGACUAGCUGGAGGGCAGAUAACUCUGAACAUUCAAAAGUUUGAAAGUCUCAAUGCAGAGUUGGAGCACAACCAGGAGUUGGCCAAUAGCCGCAUGGCAGAGCUGGAGAAGCUUCAAGCGGAGCUUCAGGAGGCUGUGAGAGAGAGCGAGAAGCUUAAGAUGGAUUUGCGCAAUAUUCCAGAAGAGGUUGUGAAGGAAACGUUGGAGUACAAAUGUCUGCAGUCUCAGUUCUCUCUGCUGUACAACGAAUCACUCGGGGUCAAAACUCAGCUGGAUGAGGCACGAGCUCUCCUGCUUACAGCGAAGAACGCUCAUCUUCGUCAGAUUGAACACAUGGAGAGUGAUGAGCUGUCGCUUCAGAAGAAACUGCGAACCGAGGUAAUCCAGCUGGAAGACACUUUGGCUCAGGUGCGCAAAGAGUAUGAGAUGCUGCGCAUCGAGUUUGAACAGAACCUGGCAGCCAAUGAACAAGCAGGACCAAUAAACAGAGAGAUGCGACAUUUAAUUAGCAGUCUUCAAAACCACAACCUUCAGCUAAAGGGGGAUGUGCAGCGAUACAAGAGGAAGCUGCGAGAAACACAGAUGGAGAUAAAUAAGGUAGACGAUGAUUGGUUUUCAUUUUUGACAGGUUGUUGCAACUAUUUAUUAAAAAUAUCAAUGAUUCUUAAAAAAUUGGUUUUGUUUCCCUCCCAGCUACGUUGUCAAAGUGGAGAAACUGGAGUUUUAAUUCUUGAAGAGGCCACAAGCGAUGGCGUGGAAGUGAAAAAAGAGGAGGAUGACGACCAGGAGGAAGAGGAGGAGAGGAGGAAGGAGCUCGAGAGACAGCGGGCCCGGGAGAGAGAGAGGGAGAGGGAGGCUGAACGGGAGCGAGAGAAGGAACGCGAGAGAGAUAGGCAGCGCAGCGACGAGUUAAAGAGGAAGGACUCGGACACGCUGAAGAUGCUCCGAAUAGAACUCAAGAAAGCUCAGGAAUCCCAGAAGGAGAUGAAGCUCCUGCUCGACAUGUAUAAAUCUGCUCCAAAGGAGCAAAGAGACAAAGUGCAGCUGAUGGCGGCGGAGCGCAAAUCUAAAGCAGAGGUGGAAGACUUCAGGAUGCGAGUGCGAGAGCUGGAGGAGAGGGAGAGGAAAGAAAGCAAGAAGCUGGCUGAUGAAGAUGCCCUCAGGAAGAUCCGCGUGGCUGAAGAAACUAUUGAGCAUCUACAGAAGAAACUUGCUGCAACUAAGCAGGAGGAGGAGGCUUUGCUCAGUGAGAUGGAUGUAACUGGACAGGCCUUUGAGGACAUGCAGGAGCAGAACAGCCGGCUGCUGCAGCAGCUACGGGAGAAGGACGAUGCCAACUUCAAGCUGAUGAGUGAGCGGAUCAAAUCCAAUCAGAUCUACAAACUGCUGAAGGAGGAGAAGGAGGAACUGGCUGACCAAGUUCUCACCUUCAAAACCCAGGUGGACGCCCAGCUGCUGGUUGUGCAGAAGCUGGAAGAAAAAGAGGGAGUCCUGCAGAGCACACUGGCUGCUUUGGAGAAGGAGCUUGGUGUCAGAACACAAGCGCUUGAGCUCAACAAGAGGAAGGCGGUGGAGGCCGCUCAGCUGGCAGAAGAUUUGAAAGUGCAGCUGGAGCACACUCAGGCCAAGCUGAAGGAGAUUCAGGUCUCUGUGGCGGAGAACCGCACCGCCCGCGAAAGAGAGAGCAGCAACCUUAAGCGGGCGCAGGAAGAUCUAUCCAGACUAAGACGGAAGCUUGAGAAGCAGAAGAAGGUGGAGGUAUACUCUGAUGCAGAUGAGAUCCUACAGGAGGAGAUCAAUCAGUACAAGGCGAAGCUGCGCUGCCCCUGCUGCAACACGCGAGACAAGGAGACGGUCCUCACCAAGUGUUUCCACGUUUUCUGUUACGAAUGUCUGAAGAUGCGUUACGACACCCGACAGAGGAAGUGCCCCAAGUGCAACUGUGCCUUCGGAGCCAAUGACUUUCACCGCAUUUACAUCACCUAAAGUCCUGUAGAAAACAAAGACACAGAGAAAAAGGAGAGACGGAACCAAAGGAGUGAUUAGAGUACAAACAAAAAGGAACUGAAGAUUUACUCAAAGCCAGAUGUGUUGAGGAAAUCAAACGAGUGUUUCUCCGUGUUUUAAUUUUUUGGGACUUUUUUUUUUUUUUACCACAUCAUUGCCAUUUGCUGACCAAACAUAGUGCUUUAUCUAAUUGAGUCUAGCUAAUAAACACAGAUGUUUGUGUAAACAGUGAUA